AUGACACUAACAUCAUUACGGUCUACCUUUGCUCGGGGCUCCUUUGCCAAGAGAGAGCUCCGAUGGCUUCAAGCCCGUUUUCUAGCGACGCACUCGUCGCAUGUUGCCAUGAGUCCACUGGAACCGCGCGUUCGAGGCAUCGGAAAAAGGCCUCUAACAUUAACCGAGAAGAUACUCUACAGCCAUCUUGUACACGACCAAGAUGGCUGGGCCUUUGACGAAAUCGAACGAGGCAAGACAAUCCUGCGCUUGCGGCCCGAUCGCGUUGCGUGUCAUGAUGCUACUGCAACAAUGGCAAUUCUGCAAUUCAUCAGCGCCGGGCUUCCGCGAGUCCGAGUGCCAACAUCGGUACACAGUGAUCAUCUGAUCGUGGCCGAGUACGGCGCCGAAGAAGAUCUUGCUCGAGCCUCCAGCGAUCAUGGCGAAGUCUAUGCGUUCCUGAGCAGUGCCGCAAAGAAGUAUGGCAUUGGGUACUGGAAAGCCGGUGCUGGCAUCAUCCACACAACAAUCUUGGAGAAUUAUGCCAUUCCUGGUGGCUUGAUGAUAGGCACCGACUCGCAUACACCAAACGCUGGCGGCAUGGGCAUGCUUGGAGUCGGAGUUGGUGGCUCAGAUGCCGUCGAUGCCAUGGCUGGAAUGCCCUGGGAGCUGGUCUGCCCCAAGGUCGUGGGCGUGCAAUUAACGGGCGAGCUCUCUGGAUGGAGUUCCUCCAAAGACAUCAUCUGCAAGCUCGCCGGUAUUCUGUCUGUCUCUGGAGGAAAGGGAAAGGUUAUUGAGUUCUUUGGACCUGGCACUCAGACCUUGGGGGCGACAGCCAUGGCAACUCCCUGCAACAUGUCCGCCGAGGUUGGAUCAACAUCUUGCAUCUUCCCCUACUCUGAAGCCAUGGCCCGCUACCUUUCAGCAACGAAGAGAGGAGACAUUGCGCAAUAUGCCAACACCUUCAAGCAAGUACUCCUCAAUGCCGACACCGGAAGCGAGGAGUUCUAUGAUGAGGUUAUCGACAUCGACCUCUCAACGCUGGAACCUCAUAUCAACGGCCCCUUCACACCUGAUCUAUCACACCCCCUCUCCGAGUUCAAGAGGCAUGUCGAGGAAAGUUCAUGGCCUUCAAAGAUCAGCUACAGCAUGGUGGGGAGCUGCACGAAUAGCUCAUACGAGGACCUGGAAAAAGUUUACACUCUCGUGACACAGGCCAAGGAAGCGGGCAUGUACCGAACCAAAACACCUUUCAUGGUUAGUCCAGGUAGUGAGCAGAUCCGUGCCACGGCAGAGGAGAGUGGGAUUCUCGAGACCCUCCGGGAUGCCGGAGCUGUCGUUUUGAGCAACUCGUGUGGCCCAUGUGUCGGACAAUGGGAUCGAAAGGACGUCGAUAUUGCCGGAGCUGAGAGCAACUCGGUCAUCUCGAGCUUCAACCGAAACUUUACUGGCCGUCAUGAUGGAAACCCAGCAACCCAUUCUUUCGUCACCUCUCCUGAGAUCGCCACGGCUUUUGCCUACACAGGAGAUCUGAAGUUUAACCCUGUCACGGACUCCGUGUCCUUCCUUGAUGAGUCUGGAGCCCCAUCCGAGUUCCGCUUUACACCUCCAGCAGCCAACGAGCUUCCUCAGAAUUUCUCUCCAGGAGAUGAUCUUUACCAGGCCCCAGUUCUGACAGACACGUCAGAAUACAAGGUUGAUAUCGAUGAGGACAGCGACAGACUACAACUUCUGACACCUUUCCAGCCAUGGCAAGAUGGAAAUGCAGAGGAUAUGCAAGUCCUCAUCAAGGUCGCUGGUAAAUGCACGACGGAUCACAUAUCUCCAGCAGGGCCGUGGUACAAAUACCGAGGCCACCUUGAGAAUAUUAGCAACAAUAUGCUGCUUGGGGCGACCAAUAGCUUUCUUGCUGAUGCGUCGUCUCUCAGCAUGAUCGGCAAGGCCAAAAAUCCAAUGAACGGCAAUAUUCAGCCUGUUCCCCAAGUUGCCAGGGAUUUGAAGCAGGCUGGCAUACGGUGGUGCAUCAUUGGCGAUAACAACUACGGGGAGGGCAGUUCACGAGAACAUGCCGCAUUGGAGCCUCGACAUCUAGGUGGCGUGGCUGUCAUUGCCAAGAGCUUUGCCCGAAUUCACGAGACGAAUCUCAAGAAGCAAGGCAUGUUUCCCUUGACGUUUGCGGAUCCGAGAGACUACGACAAGAUUGCUGAAGGUGAUGUUAUUAGUCUGCUGGAUGUGGAUGGGAGCCGUCUUCAACCAGGCAAACGGGUCACAAUGGAGGUUAGAACGAAAGAUGGCACUCGAUGGACUGCACAACUCCACCAUUCUUAUCAUGCUCAUCAAAUAGAAUGGUUGAGGUCCGGAAGUGCGUUGAACUAUAUCAAACGGUCAACCCUUACGUAUGGGGCAUAG